AUGAUCAAAGAUUUUGGUAACCAGAAUAACGACAAUAAUGACAACAACGGCAACAACAACAACAACAACAACAACAACAACAACAAUAACAACAACAACAACAACAAUGAUGACGAUAAUAAAUAA